AUGAAAACCUCGGCUCAUCCGGUCCUCACGAUAGAACCCGGUUAUUAUUUGCCCCUCGAAUUCGGAAUCCGCUUGGAAAAUGUCGUGUUCGUCAUGAAUCCGGACGUACCGAGAUCCAGUGAUUUGCCUUCUUGCUCAUCUGUUAAAGAAGGCGACUGGCUAGGAUUCGAACCGGUCACUCUAGUACCAUUUCAACGUCGAUUAAUUGAUCGGGAAAUGUUGGAGCCUUGGGAAGUCAAUUGGUUAAAUGGUUAUCAUGACACCGUUCGACGAGUUUUGAUCGCAAAGUUACAAUCCAAAUCUUCCGAGCUCUCGGGAUCACAGAAACGUUGCCUCGCAUGGAUCGAGAAGGAAACAGAACCUAUUAUGUGA